AUGGCGCGGAAGAAGCGAGGCAUCUUGCCUCCAGAGAUCAUUGAUCUCAUGGUGGCCCCCGUCAAGGUUGGCACGUGGACUGGUGCUGCUGGUGUAAUGGCCGGUGUUGCUGGUGCUAUUGCAAGAGACACCAGCCCCGUGGCCAGUGGCGCCGUCACCGGAGUCCAAUGGUUUGCUCUGGGGGGAAGCUUCUGGUUCACCAGAUCUGUCACCGUCAGGGCAAUGGGAGGCGACGGGCAGUUGAGGCCUGUUGACAAAACGAUAGCCAGCACCAUCGGCGGGUCAGCUGCCGGCGCAGUGGCCGGGUUGAUACGCGGUCCUGGCAAGAUUCUACCUGCCAUGGUUAUGUGGGGAGUGCUGGGCGCAGGCGGGCAGAUGGUCGCCAACGGGCUGAGCAACAGGAAGCCCAAGGUCAAAGACGAGAACGAUAGCUGGUUUCGAUCGAAAUGGAGUCCGCUGAAGAAGCUCACAGACCAGGAGUACAUUGACAUGAUGGAGGAAAAGAUUCUCAGAGUCGACGCAGACAUUGCACUCAUUGACGACCGGAUUGCCGAACUGAAGGCUAUUGAGCAGAGGGCCAAGGACGAGGACAGGACAUGA